GUGCUCCCUUUCAAAGGUCUCAGCAUCCCCAUGCUACCUCCUGCCGGCACUUCCACCUGGCUCCCCAAGUUCAGCUCUCGGCUGACUUUACCCUGCCUCCUGCUGUGCAGCCCCAGCCGGGGCUGAUGCCCCACAUGGCCCCUGCACACCAGCACAGCGGCCCCCUGCACCAGUCCCUGGCACCAGUGCCAGCCCUGUCCUUUCAGGAUGUGGCAGGACCCCCCUUCCUACCUCAGGCGCUACACCAGCAAUACCUCCUCCAGCAGCAGCUCCUCGAGGUCCAGCACCGUCGCCUCAUGCCUCAUCCCAGGCGGGUUCAAGAGCACAUCUCUGUCCAGACUCACCGCUUGCACCCCAGCUUCGACUUCAGCCACCAACUGCAAACUCCACAGCCCGUGGGGCCCCAGCCCAGGUACUUGGCCGAAGGCACAGACUGGGAUCUCAGUGUCGACACGGGCCUGGCUCAUGCCCGGUUCCAGGUCCGGCCAGUCCCACAGCCCUAUCAGCAUUACUUGGCUACUCCGCGGAUACACCACUUCCCCAGGAGCACGUCCUCAGCACAGAUGGUUGUUCAUGAAAUCGGAAAUUACCCUUAUCCUCAGCUUCAGCUACUUGCUCUUCAGGGCCCGAACCCAAACAGGCACACAUCCGCUGUGCGAGAAAGCUAUGAAGAGCUGCUGCAGCUGGAGGACAGGCUGGGCAGCGUGAGCCGGGGCGCCGUGCAGAACACCAUCGAGAGGUUCACCUUCCCACACAAGUACAAGAAGAGAAGACUGCAGGAGGGCCAAGCUGAGCAAGAGGAUGGCGAGGAGUCAGACACCGACGAGAAGUGCACAAUCUGUCUAUCCAUGCUUGAAGAUGGAGAAGAUGUGAGGCGUUUACCAUGUAUGCAUCUCUUCCACCAAGUGUGCGUGGAUCAGUGGUUGGCCACCAGCAAGAAGUGCCCAAUCUGCAGGGUGGACAUUGAAACACAGCUUGGCUCGGACAGCUGAAAGAACUGGCCGGAUGCACCAUUUUUCC